AUGUCAAUACCAAUUUCCCAAAAAUCACUAUCAUAUUCAUACAUAAUUCCUAUGACUAUAAUUUUCUUGGUAAUUUCAUUUUUAAUCACAAGAAUUGAAUCAAGAAAUUUAGAUGAAGUAAUAGAAUCAUCUGAUCCAAGUAUAAAGUGUGGUGGUUGUUCACCAUGUGGUCACCCAUCAUGUUACUCACCACCACCACCUCCACCGCCGUCUCCACCACCACCUAAGAAGCAUUCGAGAACCACCCCUUAUUGCCCACCACCGCCACCGUCACCGCCUUCGGGUGCAGGGUUUUUGUACAUAACUGCACCACCAGGAGAUUUGUACCCUGUUGAUGUCAAUUACUCUGCUUCAUACAGGAAUUUGGUAGCUACUAUAAAUUUAUUUAUUGGCCUUGGAUUUGGCUUUAUAGGGUUGUUGAUUGUAUGA